AUGUAUUUAAUGCGAUCAUCAGCUAUACUUUAUCAAAUAUUAAGUACAGCAUUAAAUCAUAAAUUAAAGAAAAAAGAUGAACAAACAUUUAUGUAUGAACAACUUGAGCUAUUAGACAAGCAAUAUUGUCUAGAAAUGGAACAACAAUUAUGGCAAUCUUAUUUCGAUGUUGGUUUAAAAUAUCAUAUAUGGCCAGAUCAAUUGUAUACUAUGGCAAACACAAAUGAUUUCCAAUUAUGUAAAGAAUAUCUCAUCAAUUAUCUACAGAAUAUCAAAACACAAUUAGGUCAAUAUCAAAUUGAAUUAACAAAACAUUUUCAAUCAUGUCCUGUAAUUCCAAAGUUAUCAUUUGAUCAAAUUCAACAUUGUCGUAAAGAAUUGGUCGAUCGUGAACGAAAAUAUUUAUCAAUGAGAAACAAUGGACAGUUAAUUAAAUUCAAAGAUAAUAUAGAUGAAACAAAUCUUUUCAACUCAAUAUGUACUUCUUCUCUGAUACAUGAUCAACAAAAUGAAUCUAUCCAACGAUUAAUUACAAUAUAUGAUAAACAAGCAGCAAUUUGGAAAGAACAAGUGAUGUUAGAAUCACGAAUUCUUUGUAAAUUUUUACCACAAAAUUUGGAUUCUAUGGAAAAUUUCAUUGCGCCUAUUACUUAUGUACCAAUACAUGAUAAUCAAAAAAUUAUUGGUGUGAAAAAUAAACGUUUUAAAACUAUACAAGAAACAAAACGGAAAUGGUUAAAUUAUUUUUUCAAUACUUAUGAAUUUCAAAUAAUAGAAUGUGAACAACAAUACCAAUGUGAAUUCAUUAAAUUGCAAACACAAUUAUUGAAUAAUUCUACUACUAAUAAUUCAUCAUUACAAAAAGAUAUUUAUAAUGAAAUGUCAUCGUUCCAACGAAUAACAAUUCAAAAUCGUGAACGUUCGUUAUCAUCGACAGCAACAAAACAUACUAUUGGUCUUUUCAAAUCAACAACUCUUUUAUGUACAUUUGAUAUUCAAAAUUUAUUUACCAAGUUACCACUAGACGAAGCAUUGAAUAUUCUUAUGGAAUUUCUUCAUGUCCAUGGUUAUACAAAAGUCAAAGGAAUUAAUCUUGAUACAAUAAGAAAAUUAGCUUCCAUUGUACUUAAAGAAAAUGUUUUCGUUUAUGGUCAAAAAAUUUAUAAACUAACUACUGGUGGUGCUAUGGGCUCAUUAUUUACAUUAAUGUUAGCCAAUAUUUUUAUGUGGAAUUGGCAAAAGAAAUUAGUUGAUGAACAAACAAAAACAGGCGAAUUUUUUGGCCGAUACAUUGAUGAUAUCUUUAUGACUUGGAAUAAAUCUGAAGAUGGAUUACGACAAUUCUUAGCUGAUGCCAAUAUAUGGCAUCCAAAUAUUGCAAGAGAUAUAUUGCAGAGUUCAACUCGCCAAUGUGUUUCGUCUUAUUUAUUAAAAAGCAAUUUUCAACAAUGCAUCAAUCAAGUUCUCGGCACUAUUGUUUGA